AGUGAGGUUAUGUCACUCUCAUGGAUGCGGAAGUGCUCCUGUCGCGCAACGUAAACAAUCGAUUGACAAUCAUGAGUACCCGGGUGAAAAAAAAAUUGACCACUGUUGAAAACAAAAGCACUGGUACCCUGGUGAAUAUAAAAGUACGAAAAAGACUCCACAGUUCGAACAUAAUAAAUAAAAACGGGGCUGGAAUCUCCCAAAGGUGAAGAUGAGGAAACCAAUCGACUGGACAACAACAACGGGAUUCCAGAGAUCCCGGAGAAGACAUUGGAGUUCCUGGAGGAUAAAUGGACGCAAGUACUGGGAGUAAAAAAUACACUCAACACCAAUUGGAUGCCUGGGGAUUACCUUGUGAGCAGGAGAAUUUUGAAGAGAUAGAACUCAGGUUCCAACGCUCCGUGAACAUGUUUUUUAUUAAUGACGACGAGUUCGAUCAUCAGAGGAAUUAAAAAAAAAUACUUUUCCAAUUGAAGUAUCUAGACGGCUACAGUAGGUACAGGACCAGAUAAUGCCUAAAAUUACCUGAGAUUCGACGUUGCGGGAAGUAGAGUAAUUUCGACAAUGAUUCGGUCAGAAUAACAUGGAUAGCAGUUCCCUGCAGAGGUGGACCAAUCUAGGAUUAAGAUGAUUAGCAGUUGGAGUAGCUUGUGGAAGCUCCCAGAUUGACAAUGUCACCGAUAUGGUCAUCUUCGGAAUCUCCCAUAUCAGUGCGGACCAUUUGGGUGGAUGGAGUGCGACAUGCGAUAUUAAAUCAUGACGAUCCAAUCUUAACCCGUCAACGAUCGUCUCAACCGUCAAUGCCGUCUACAAAAUCGAAUUCCUACCCAAUUAAAUACGUUGGAAAACCAAAGAGCUCGGACCGCUGUUUCGUCAACUUCCACGUGGUUGUGCACAAAAAAGACGUUAAGGUCGAGAGGAAGCAUGUGAUUCGACGACAAUCAGCACCAAUACGCCGCAUCGAAACGUCAAAAUCAUUGAAUUUGGAGCUGAAUGGCAUUCUACACAUGGGGGGUAAUAAAAAGACGGAUUCUGAUAGGAGCAGUCCAGUGCGAUAUAUGGAAAAAAUUGAGGAUUUAAAUUAUAAUUACAUGAGCAAUGAUUUGGACAGAAAUUGUGUGAUGAUUUCAAAUGUGUUGGAGCAUAUUCAUGAUAGUAAUGAACAUUCUAAUCCGUUAUCUGAACGAGUGCUGCAGUGGAUGGACUUAUCAGGAUGUGCGAAAACUCAUAGUGAGAAAAAACAAAUUCACAAUAAAAAUGAUAAGAAAAAUUGUAAAUCUGUUGUUCAAGCUAAAGUCUGUUCAUUUCGAAGGCAAAAUUCUGCUGUUUUUCGUGAUGUAGUAACUGCUCAGCAUUACAAAUUGUCUGGAAAAAAAUCUGAAGAUUCUAUAACCGAAGUUGAGAGUGAGAACAAUGAAAACUUGAUUGAAGAAUUGAAGAUUGAUGUCUCCGAAGGAACGUCUAAUGAUUUUCAGUCUAGGAAGUCAUCGCAAUCGGGGUGGACACCUCUGGACAAACCACAACUGCAUAUUUUUAUGCCGGAUAUUGAUUCUAGUAGAGAAGACACAUCUGCCCAGCACUCUACGAUACAGGAUGAGACUUUGGAGCAGAACAUAAUGAAUUGAGUGGACAAUUGUAAUAUUAUUAUUGAACGAUUUAUUCCGGAUGAUCAGUUAAUAUUUUAAUUACUGUUAAUAAUCUCAAACUGGAUCGUUUAUCGAGGUACAUUAUUUUCCAGGAAAAUAAAGCGAUGAAUUGUAUGGAGAAGAAUAGAGAAAUAAAAAUCAGUGACUUCAAUUGAUUUGUGUUACGAUUAUUCAAGAUAGGUAAUAAUAUAUUCCGCAACAAGUGCGGUAAAAAUUUUCUGAUGAGUAUAAGAGUUGGUAACCGAGCGACAAGCGAGUUCUGCAAUAUGAAUA